AUGCAUAAUGGUGGUCUGUCUUUGAUCGGUGCGUUCCCCGGUUGGUUCAGUUCGGUGGCGAUAUUCGUCAAAGACGGACGCGUUUUAAGCUCUUGGGGCGUUCCCAUAGCAAGUGACACACGGGUGGCCAACGAACGGGUGGCUCUAAGCAGCAAUAUGUGGUUACUGCAAAUCAUUCUUGGCACUGGCCUGUGGGCUGGGCUUUGCCAAUGUCAAGGUUUAUCGAUUAUAGGACCUAAAUCGAUACGAUUGAACCAACCGUACACGGUUGUGGUUAGCAAUAUGCUACCACACAGUAUUCGACUCGACAUGGUGUUAGAAGGAACAAGUGGAGAUGAAACCGUCCUGAAAGAAAGUGCGGAAAUCACAGUAAAAAGUAGAAUGGAAAAUAGAACAUCGUUUCCGGUGGGAAAUAUUCCCUGGGGAGCCUAUAAGCUUUCAAUGAGAAGCACAGAAGAUGCUUUCAGCUUCGAAGAUGUGGUAGAUCUGGUCUACGAUCCAAUGGAAAUUCACGUGUUGAUUCAAACAGACAAACCGGUCUACAGACCGGGAGAUAUGAUCCGCUUUCGAGUGGUGGCAAUCAACGAAGACACCAAACCUGUGACCGACGUUAACACCGUCAAAGUCAAACUGAUCGAUGCGAUUGGUAAAACAUUCCGACAGUGGCCCUAUGCAAGGCUAAAAAAUGGGAUGUUCGAUUCGGUGGUGCAGUUGCCGGCACUACCGGUCAAUGGAAACUGGACUUUUUCUUCAAUAGAGAAAGCUGUACUAGUAGAGGAGUACGUAUUACCGAAAUUUUUCGUUAGAGCGUUUCCUCCGGAAAUACUUCUGAUACCGAAGAAAAAGGUUCGAAUAGCCGUGGAAGCGGUUGACAUAUUCGGCAUGCAAGUUGAAGGAAAUGUACAAGUGGAUUUGUACAUAGAUAAACAAAGUAAGAAACCGGAUUACUCCAGAGUGAUGCCUACAUCCGGAGUAGCAGUUGUAGAGUUUGAUCUUCGCAAGGAGCUCAAAGUUGAAGAUAAGAAGCACGGAUUCAAGGAUGUGCUGGUGAAGGCUCAAGUUACCGAAAUUAACACUAAUCACACCGUCAAUCAGGAAAGAGUCAUACCGGUGUUUAUGCACCCCUAUAAAAUAUCCGCAAAUCUGAUGCCAAACUUCAUGUCAAAUGUUCCAUUUCCGGUGGAAAUUUCACUGGUUGACCACUACGGUAAACCGGUUUCAAACGGACAGUAUGGUGAGAUCACGGUUAUUUACGAAGGUCCCAAUUUGCUAAGUGAAGCGGAACUGGUGGAGCGUUUCGAUGAACGGUUCGAUAAGUAUGGGAUAGCCUCCUUCAUUCUCCGUCCACCGAUGAAUGCAGACCGCAUGACGAUCAGGGUAAAGUAUGCCUCGGUUGACUAUGGAAUCGUUGGUAGCAGUAAAAGUACCAACUCGCAAGACCAGCAAUACAUUCGUGCAGCAUUGCAGCCGGGCUCACAAAUUCGCCCAGGCAACACUAUUGCGUUCGAUGUUUCCUGCUCGGAAAACAUGAAUCAAUUUUCCUACGUAGUGGGUUCAAAGAAAACUAUGAUCACUUCCGGUACGGUUCCGGUUUAUAAUAAACCAAAUUCCGAUCUUCAGCUUGCACUAACACAGGAAAUGUCACCGAAGGCCACACUGCUGAUUUAUCACAUCGGCAAUAAUUCCCUGGUUUUCGAUGAAGUCGAUUUAAAUUUUGAAUCUUUCAGCAACGAUUUUGAUCUCCGCUUGGACCGAUCGGAUCUUCUACCCGGUCAAGACGUUCUGGUAGAGGUGGAGGCUUCCAAUGAUUCCUACGUUGCGCUCUGGGCGAUCGAUCAAAACACUUUGCUGGUAGGUCCCGAAAGGCAUGAUUUCACACGGAGUGGUAUUCUCGACCUUCUACAGAUGAUGGACUUUUUCAUAAGCACUACGGCUGACGUCAAAAUGAGUAAGGUAAACUCGACAGUGAACAGUACACUGCAAACUCCGGUGCUUAGUCCGAUGUUGUUCGAAAGAAGUAAGUUACACGAUGCGAGUCUGUGGAAAAGUUUCCCGAUGAACGGGGAAAAGCGAAUGAUGAAUUCAAUGGAUCAGUUGCCGGAUAGGGUGGCUCCGUGGUUGUUGUCGGGAUUUGCGCUCAGUCCCAGCCUAGGAUUGGGGUUCAUAAGCGAACCGCAGACAAUUAGUGUGCGAAAGCUUUUCUAUGUCGUUGCAGAUUUACCCUACUCGGUGAAGCGUAAUGCGCCGAUGCACUUCUACGCAAUGGUUUACAACCUGUUGGAUGAUACGUUGGUGACGGAUGUGACGCUUAUAAGUAAGAACGACGAGUUUGAAAUACUCGAAAGGAAAUCAGAUGACGAUGCCUUCAAAACCAAGGUGGUCGCUGUACCGCCUUCCGGUAAGAAGUCGGUUUCGUUUAUGAUUAAACCUCGAGCGCUGGGGGAGAUUACCAUCCGGAUCGAGGCGAACAACAUUGUCACAUCGGACGUGACGGAACAGGCACUACGCGUGGUACCGGAGGGUCGCCUGGUAGAGAAGAACGAAGCCAAAUUCGUUGAGUUGAAUCGUCGUGGAAAACUGAACUAUGAACUCAACAUUGACAUUCCGCGAAACAUCGACGAAGGAUCGGCCAGUGUAAUUUUGAUGCUGUAUGGUAACAUACUGGGUCCUCCGAUUAUGCACAUGGAAGCACUAAUUCGACCACCGGUUGGCACUGGGGAGGAAAAUAUUUUAAUUUUUGCCUACAAUGUUGCCGUGUUGGAUUAUCUGACAGAGACUGGCACGCUGAAACCGGAUGUUGGGCAGCAGGGCGUUCGCUAUCUCGAAGCUGGUUACCAGAAGCAGCAGGACUUCAAACAUACUGAUGCAUCUUUCAGUGACGGUGGUUCAGCGGAUCUUAUAGGUAGCACUCUGCUGACAGCUUUUGUGGCUAAAUGGUUCACUAAGGCUGAGAAAUACAUCGGAGUUGACAAAGCCAUGGUAUCUUCAGCUUUUCGUUGGUUGGCGAGUGCACAAAAGUCGAGCGGCCGUGCCGUUGAGUUCGGAAAGAUCAACAAUCCAGACAUGAAAGGUGACCUACUGACUAGCAAAUAUGCGCUCACAGCUUAUGUGUUAAUUGCUUUUCUGGAGAAUGAAGAAGCUGCUUCCGAGCACCGUGCGACCACUGAAAAAAUGAUGAAUUAUCUCGUCAAAAAGAUGGAUAGCAUCAACGAUAUGCAUGAUCUAGCUCUGUCGACUUAUGCCGUCUCACUCGGCAAACACAACAAAAGCAGAGACUUUUUUGAUAAACUGUAUCGAAGCUCGGUGUUCGAUAGCGUGAAUGGUACCCAUUACUGGAGUAGACCGCCGAGUGACAUUGAAGUGACCGGCUAUGCACUAUUAUCAUUCAUUUUGAACGAAAAACUUAUCCAAUCCACGUCGAUUAUGAGAUGGCUGCAGCAGCAGCAAUAUACGUCUGCAGGACCGCAGUCCUUUGUUGGCUUGGAAGCAUUGACCAAGCUGGCUGCUCAGGAAAACCCGCAGAAAAAUGAUCUUCGUGUCGUUCUAAGUCACCACAAUCGGAGGAUGAGGGUGAUCGAUAUCGAUCAAACUAAUGCACAGAAAGCGGAAAUGAAAAUACCGAACAAUAUUCGAUCGCUGGACGUGCACAUCGAGGGAGUCGGCCGCUGUGUGUUGCAGCUGAUCUAUCAGUACAGUAUGGACGCUCAGAAGACGAAAAGUAACUACAUGCUAGAUGUGGCAGUACUGAACAAUAGUACCCACUUCGAACAACAUCUGAAGGUGUGCGUCCGGUACACCGGCAAGGAUAGUAACCAAUCGGCUGAGGCGGCCAUUGUCGAAGUGUUCUUUCCGAGUGGCUUCAUUGCCGACGACGAAGGCAUAAAGGAUCUCUCUUCGGCUGGUAAAAUUAAGAAAACAGACAUUCGCUUCGGUGCCUCGUCGGUAGUUGUGCUCUACGAAAGUCUGGGCUCGGAGAAUAAUUGCUUUGAGAUAGUUUCGUUCCGGAGAUUCAAAGCUGCUAUGCACCGUCCAGCGUACGUUGUGGUAUCCGAUCCUUAUGGUUCAGGACGCGUUGCGGUGAAAUCCUACGAGGGGACAAUCGAGCAGCUUUGUGACAUUUGUUUGGACCCGGAGUGCGCUUCUAAGUCAUGCUGA